ACAACCUAACCGACUUUGUACCAAUAUUUUUGCUCAUCACUGAAACGCGCCUUAUUCAAACGCGGUUCUCUUUGUUAACCCCCAGAAGAUUCGUUGAGCUCGGCUCACACGUUGCAACAACAAAACCCAUACAAGCCGCGGAACACUCGGAAACAGUACAUGCAGCUUCGCAAACUCACGAGGAAACGGAAAGCAACCGUUGCGCCGCGGCCAUAGAAACCAGCCGAAACGGAAAAUUGGAACGUUGCAAAGGGAAAUGGGCCCGUAAACAAAAGGAGCGCACGCACUGCAACUGGUCGCUGCGGCCGUUCUUAGAGCAGAGGCCGGGGUGUGGCGCGGAGGGCACCCAAGGCGGAGUUGUUGUUGCUCGGACGCGGUAAUUUCCAUUUCCAAGCCUGGCUUUGGACGGCGGCCAAGAAACUGUUGAACGCGCUCGGCGGGCUCAUGGCUCGUCACUUGUGCGCGCGCUUCGAAACACAUCGGUCGUGUCCGGGCCGCGUUCUCCGGCGCUGGUCCGAUGGGCUCAGGAAUCGAAGUCUUCUUGCUCAAAUCUUUCUUGAGACAAUUUCAGAAAAGUUCAAGAUCUCGAAGGCAGUUGUCAUGGCACGGCAGCGAGCCAGCAACGGGCCCCGGUGUGAGUUCGAUUUAGUGGAAACAGUUUGGGUCGCAAUUCGCCCGGGCGGAAAGCAGCAGUUUUUGCAUUUCGCUUCUGACUCAGUGACAUUUCCGCGGUUGCGGUGAUGCAACGCGAAUUGUUUGUGGCGACAUGGAAAGUCUCACGUGUUAGAAGUAAAUUACGCGAAGAAGUGCUUGGCGAACAGACCGAUUUGUGGAGUUUUCCUGGAAAGUUGUAUUCGAUGGUUUCCGUUAGUUUGCAGCGAGUGGCAUUUGUUUUUUCGCGCCGCCUAGCGUCACGCGGGACUCUGGAGGCAACGGUGCAACCUUGGAUCCUCAAUUGCAUCCCAAACUCCAACUCCAAUGACUUGGCAAAUUUUUAGGACUAAAAGUGCGUUCUGCAUCCGAAUUUGAAUUAAUUUAUUUGAAAGCGGUAGAUCCCCGGAUACGGGGAUUAUCUCCGUUCCCGAUUCACGUGCGUCGUAGAAGUCCGGUUUGGUGCGCUGACCCACGAAUCAGUAACGGGAAAAGGAUUUUUCCGCUGAGUUUCCAGAUGACAUUUUGCGGCACACCCGGUAUUUACCGCAGAUUUUGCUUGAACAGAUGUUAUUCAGCAUCACUUAUAAAAUGGUUCCUACUGUGGGGCGCUCCAAAUUACCAUCUUAUUUCGAACCAGAGCUGUUUUAUGGCGACAAUGGAAGCUACUAAUUUGACCUGCGAAUUCAGGCAUUCAUAUUUUGGACUAAAUUGGAGAGAAACCAGGUUCUCCCUCGGCCGUCUAAGAUGCAACUAAAUACCAUUUCCUGCUGGUAUUUGCCGAUUUUUGCUAAUCCAAUCGUCUUUUUCUGUUUGACCUUCUCAAUGGAGAUGCUUCCAGCAAAAUCGGAGCAGCAUUUUAGAUAAAGACCGAAAAGAAAAGACAAAAUCCUUCCAAACAACCAACACAAAACUUCAACCGAUCUACAAAAGAUAGAGAUUAAAUGACCGAUAAAAUCCAAUGUGAGAACUUACUGAAAUAUAAAAUUUUGCUAGGUUAGUGGAGGUAACCUAAUCCUUGACAAAGUAAAAAUCAUGAAAUAUGAGAUUUACGAUAUUCAAUCAACAACAGCAUCAGAUUCUCGGGACAAAAAAAGAUUUGUUGGUUCUUCGUAUCCAGGUCGAGGAGAAUGAGUAUAGUAAAAAAAAGCAAAAGACAAGAAACUAAAUGCUUCUUCAAAAUAUACAUAAAAUUGUAAAAAAAAAACAACGAAAUGACUACGGAUCUUAGUCCAUUGCUAACCCUCUUUGUGAUGAAUUCAUGUGCAAAUAAGAAAAGAUCUUUUGUCCUUCUGCUUGAAUGAAGAUAAUGGAAGCAUUAUAAGAGACGGAGACAUACAUAAGAAAAUGGGCCACCGAUCGGAAAGAUAUUUGGAUUAAAAGGUUUUCCAGAUUGAAAUGUCGCCAUGGAGGAGCAUCUGUGCUGUUGCUAGGAAAAAGCGGUAAUUCUCUUG